AUGCCUGAAGGCACGAAAAGUGCCACUUCUUAUGGAUUACACCAGACCGCUUUAUCUACCGAAGGUCCUGAAAAGGUGUGCUGUGGUAAACGCGGGUCGUACGUUUCGAUAUCUCAGCAAAUUGUCUCAUCAGCCACGGGUGCUAUUGUUACUUCUUUGUUAAUGACACCUAUGGAUGUAGUCAAAAUUAGACUACAACAACAGCAUCACCCAUUUCCUAAAGGGAAAUGUUUUUACUUCUACAAUGGGCUGAUGGAACAUCUCUGUACUGCAUGCGAAAACCGACAACCAUGUGUAUGGUACCAACGACCUGGGAAUUUCUCCGGAACGAUAGAUGCCUUUGUGAAAAUUACUCGGGAAGAGGGUAUUAAAUCAUUGUGGAGUGGUUUAUCUCCAACACUAGUCAUGGCUGUACCGGCUACAGUUUUCUACUACUCUCUUUAUGACACGCUGUACUCGCACUUUACUCGAACACUUUGUUGCCGACGUACUUUAACACCGGAUCUAUACUGUCCACCAGACUGGACGGCAGCCAUGGUAGCAGGAGCAACGGCCCGGGCAACAGCUGCAACAAUUGUCAGUCCGCUGGAAAUGAUUCGAACGAAAAUGCAGAGCGAGCAGAUGAAUUAUCGCGAUAUCGGUAAAGCGCUGCGAGUCACUGUUGCGAAUCAUGGUAUCUCGGGAUUUUACCUUGGUUGGGUGCCCACAUUACUACGAGACAUCCCAUUUUCAGCUAUCUACUGGGCAAUGUAUCAAUAUCUGAAGCGCUAUACGAUGACCUGGAAGAAUAUGAAGGAACCAACGUUCGUGACGUCUUUUGCCUGCGGAGCCACAGCAGGAUCAUUUGCUGCUGUUGUCACGACACCAUUUGAUGUGCUAAAAACUCAUCUUCAAAUAAAGCUUGGAGAAGAGAAUGCUGCUGGUAGGAUUCCUGCUAGUCAGGUCGUUCGGGAAAUCAUGCAACACGGUGGCGGUGUGACAGCACUUUUUGCUGGUGUAGUGCCGCGAGUAGCGAAAAUCGCCCCUGCAUGUGCUGUGAUGAUUGGCUCAUACGAGUACUUCAAAGUAUACUUUGCACGGCGCAAUAAAAGAUAUUCACAGACGACUCCGUCGUCUCCGGAUCCAAAUAGAGCUAAAGAAGUUUUCGAGAUGUCUACGUUCUCGAGUAUAAGCAAAAAACUGGCGAGUCAACGUCCGCACAGGGAGCGUGCUCAACCAAAAUCUCGAGCUCACCUUGGCCUACUGGAAAAGAAGGCUGAUUACAAAGCACGAGCAAAGGACUACCACGAAAAAAGAGAUACUCUUAAAAAGUUGCACAAAUAUGCUAUGGAUAAGAAUAAGGAUGAGUACCACCAUCACAUGAUAAACAGCGAAGUCAAGGAUGACGGGCGGCACUUUGAGAAGAAAAAUAAAAAACAAGAGGAAGAAUCAGAAGUGCAAAAGAAAUUGAACGAUGUUCGAGAUCUGGAGUAUGUGAAGUAUAAGUUAUACGAAGAGAACAAGAAAAUCGACCAACUCAAAGCAGAAUUGCAUUUUGCCGAUCCAAGUUGUGGACUUGGAGCGAGUAAACACACCAUUUUUGUAGAGAAUGAUGAAGAAGCAAGAUCAUUUGAUCUGGCCGAAUAUUUUGAUACGGAUGAGUCAUUGAUCUCUAGAAAAUACAAUCGAUUGCGGAGGAAAGAUCUAGCAACCAAAAAUGUGAUCGGAGCUAGAAGUAAAGAAGAUGUGAAGAAAGCUGAUCGACUUCGUCGUGCACGUUACUCUGAAUUGUUGAAAAGACAGAAGAGAGCCAAAGAAUUGGAAGUUGUCGUGGCGAAACUGCAGCUCAAGAAGGAUUUGGCCAAAUCAAAGAAUUCCGAGUUGCAACCGGUCAUGGUCAAACCGGGCACCGUCGACAGCGCGGGAGUUUGGAAAUGGACGUAUGAAAGGAAACGAUAA